AUGUUUCGCCUUCCGACCCACCUCGAGACCCUGGUACCGCCUCCACGGGAUCAGCUCCCGCAGUCCCAACCGUGGAGAGGUUCGCUCCUGCUGCCGACCUCGUCUCCUCAUCCCUCGCGACCGCGAGAGAUCCGCGUCACCGCAGCGGAGACGGAGAACGAUAAUAGCCAGCAGGAGCAGUGGCCUAGACAGUUCCAGCUCCAAGUGGUCGAUCACAGAGGAGUCCUCCGUCAGGUUCACCAAUGGGUCUCUCAGGUCCAGCUCAGCGACUUCCCUCGGUGCAUGCUCAUGCCGGACCGGCUGCCUGAUCAAGCGGUGUCGAGAGACAACCAGGCGCAGUUCGAGGGACUCGCUCGUCACCUGCUGGAAAACGAGACGGUCGCCGUCGCUCGAUGGGAUGUUAACGAUCCGUCAACCCCGGGUGGUCUCUUACUUUAUCCCACUUCCACCACACGCACUCUCAUGGUCGGCGUCGUCUUUUUGACGUCCGAAUUUCCGUCUUUCCUCGGGCUCGAGGGCCCGCAGUUCAACUCCGCCAUUCGUUCCAUAUACGCUCCCGCCUUGCUGCCGCGGCUGCAGCCUUUCCAGCCAGUCGUGCACCACACUCCUUUCGACCCCGCGCCUCCGCAUAUCUCGUCCGCCUCUCGUCACUCUGCCAGCGGACCCGACCCCUCGAAGAACAGGUCCGGCCGCAACAGUGGCUGA